AUGUCCGAGUUGUUUUGCGCCGGACUGAGGCAAGAGAUAAGAGUGGUAUUAGCUAGUCAAACGGCACUUUCCUAUGCCGAGGCCUUGAACAGAGCUCUAGAUAUGGAGCUAGCGAUGCAGCCGGAGAAAGCAACACACGCACCAACGCCUCCAUCAGGCCAUUACACGCAAGCAUCAAACACUCCCUACUCUAACCAGGGACAGAAAGGAAAACGCAAAUGGGAUAAUCGUAGAAAUGACGGCAAGAAGCCAUGGCAAGGCCAGAAUGUUCAGCCUCCCUUCGUGAAGGGCGAUAAGUCUUUUUAUGGUGGACCAGCGACGUCACACCCCGGACACCAAGGGAUACCCCCUUGUCCUAAGUGCAACAAGUUACACACAGGAGUGUGCAGAGCUGGAAACCCAAAUUGUUUCACUUGUGGAAAACCAGGGCAUUACUCGAGCCAGUGCCCCAACCGACAGCAAGGGAUGAGUGGAGGAAGACCCAAUCAGUUUCCAACCCCACAGCUCAGGGCAAUGGAAGGAAUUCUUCCUCUACCUCAACCACUACAGCAACAAUCUUUUCGCCGUCCAAACCAGCCUCAUAAGCAGCUACCUGCACCGCAAGCAGGAAGACCACCACAACAUCAAAGGAUGUAUGCUAUCAAUCAGAAGAAUCAGGAUAAGAACCAAGGAAACAUAACAGGUAUUGGGGAACUGAAAGGUGUACCCAUUGUUAUUCUCUUUGAUACGGGAGCAUCACAUUCUUUCAUCUCACAUACCUGUGUGGAUACAUUAGAGUUGAAUGUAGAACCAGCCCAGUUACACUUAAGGGUAGCCACUCCCUUAGGGAAGUUCACCACCGUUACACAUGUGUGUCCUAACUUGGAAUUCGAAUUAGGACCUCUUAAGCUUAAGGCUAAGACGUUGAGACUAAUGCGAAUGUGGACCACCGAUAUCAUUUUGGGAAUGGACUGGUUAGCAGAACACCAUGCGGUGAUACAAUGCGAGCAGAGACGGAUAUCAUUCCAGCCACCAGGCGAGGAACCCACAUGUUUUUACGCCAUCAAUAGAAAGUGGAAGAAGACACCUAUUAUCUCUGCAGUGCAAGCGAACAAGAUACUAAAAGAAAAAGGUGCGACAGCAUACUUAGUAUACCUGAACCAAGAAGAGGAAGCACCAGCAAAGAUAGAAGAUGUACCUAUAGUGCGGGAGUAUCGAGAUGUUUUCCCGGAUAUUCUACCAGGUCUACCCCCGAACCGACAAUUGGAAUUCACGAUCGAUUUAGAACCCGGAGCAGCACCAAUAUCCAAAGCACCAUAUAGGAUGGCACCAGCAGAAUUGCAAGAACUGAAGCUGCAACUACAAGAGUUGUUGGACAUGGGAUUCGUUCGACCCAGUGCUUCGCCUUGGGGAGCACCGGUCCUGCAAGGCCAACGUCGUGGCAGAUGCCUUGAGCAGAAUGGAACGAGCCCAGUUAGGAUGUAUCCUAACCAAGGAGAAUGA